AUGGGGUACCCUGAAAGAAGCAGUGACCCCAAUAUCACUCCGGUAAAGGGCAUUUAUGAAGGUCGCUUGCGCCAGUUUAUCGAUAAUGGUGGUCAAUAUAAGCAGUUAAACCUUCCCAAGUUCUACGACAAAGCCCGUAUCUCGCUCGACCGAGAUUACAUCAAGGUGCAAUGGUACCAGGUGGCUUUCGAAAAAGGUUCUUCCCCGGUGUCACCCGAUAAGCGACCACCCUGGGAUGAGAUCAUUCAGCGUGACAAAAAUAAAGAACUAAAGUUCCGCGACGCCUGGAAGGGCCAACCUUUUGGGCCGAGCUGGUCAACUACUUGGUUCAAGGUUACCUUGGAUAUCCCAGAUGAAUGGAUUGACCAUGGCGACCAAUUGGUGUUCGAAUGGGAUUGCAGCAACGAGGGCAUUGUUAUUGAUCCCGAAACGCUGAUCCCAAAGACGGCGUUCUCUGGUGGUGGUGAAAGAAACGAGUAUCUAUUGCCAAAGGGUCAAAAACACCAUUUCUUUUACGUGGAAUGUGGAAAUAAUGGUAUGUUUGGUACCGGACGUCCUCCCAAUAACAACCAGUUCUUCCAUCUGAACAAAGCCGACCUGGUGUGGCCCAACUGGGAUGCAAGGGCUCUUUAUAUUGACUUUUGGAUGCUUUCUGAUGCAGCUCGCGAGCUUCCUAACGAUUCUUGGCAAAAACAUAAAGCCAGACAUGUCGGGAAUGAAGUCAUGAGCCUGUUUGACCCUGAAGAUGAGGCCAGUGUACUGAAGUGCAGAGACCUGGUGCACAAGGAGUAUUUUGACAAGUUCGCCUAUAGUGCCGACGUGUACCAAAAGGGAGACCCGAACGUGGCUACCGAGGUUUUCGCAAUGGGCAAUUGUCACAUCGACACGGCCUGGUUAUGGCCCUUUGCCGAAACGCACAGGAAAAUUGUGCGUUCUUGGACCUCGCAAUGUACGUUGAUGGAAAAGUACCCUGAAUAUCAGUUUGUAGCUUCACAAGCACAACAGUUCAAAUGGCUUUGGGAAGAGCAUAAGAAUUUCUUCCAAGAUGUUCUCAUUCCCAAGAUUCAACAGUCACAAUUCUUUCCGAUCGGUGGUUCUUGGGUGGAAAACGACACUAACAUUCCAGCAGGGGAAUCCUUGUGUCGACAAUUUUUCCUUGGACAACGGUUUUAUUUAAAGCAUUUUGGCAAAACUUCCGACAUCUUCUGGCUGCCAGACACAUUUGGGUAUUCCUCUCAAAUACCUCAAAUUGCCAGAAUCUCUGGAAUUGAUAAGUUUUUGACUCAAAAACUGUCUUGGAAUAACAUAAAUAAUUUUCCCCAUACUACUUUCAACUGGGUGGGUAUUGAUGGUUCGCAACUAUUAACCCACAUGCCACCUGGAAACACCUACACCGCCAGUUCUCAUUUUGGAGACGUUUUACGCACGGCAAAGGGCAACAAAAACGCUGACGUUUACGGUUCAGGGCUGAUGCUGUAUGGUAAAGGCGAUGGUGGAGGUGGCCCAACAACUGAAAUGCUUGAAAAGAUGAGACGUAUCCGUUCCAUGAAUAACCGCAACGGUAAUGUUAUUCCCAAGGUUCAUGUAGGUUCGACGAUAAGCGAUUUUUACAAUGACAUUUUGAAAAAGACUGUAAACGGAACGAAACUUCCUUCGUGGCUUGGAGAGUUGUACUUUGAGUUCCACAGAGGCACUUACACGACACAGGCCCAGGUCAAACGUUUGAUGAGAACAUGCGAAAUUAAGAUCCACGACUUGGAAUGGCUUGCUACCAAAACUUCUCUUUUGUACCCUCAAGAUUAUGACUAUCCCGUUAACAAAAUCAACAGGAUAUGGGAAGACAUACUUCUAUGUCAGUUCCACGAUGUUCUGCCUGGCUCCUGUAUUGAGUUGGUGUACAAGUACGAAGCACGUCCUAUGCUUAGAGGAGCUCUCGAGGAAAUCGAAAAGUUGACAUCUGACGUUCUAAAAGUACUAGAAAAGAAAGGCAAGCCCUCAGUACCCAUUACAACCGUUCCUUUAGCUCGAGAAUCUCUCCAUGAAAAUCCAUGCGUCAGUAGUAGGGAUGGCUUUGCACGUUUGACCGAGAAUAAAACGUAUGUGGUACUGAGUGAUGGAAAGCUCAACGUUUUCAUCAGUAAAGAAAAGGGAAUUAUCACAUCCAUAACAGAUGUGGAAAAAGAUAUCGAGUUUUUGGAUCGAGAGAAUGGAAGAAAUCAUUUGGGUGCUAACCAAUUUGUUCUCUUUGAUGACAAACCUUUAGGAUGGCAGGCGUGGGAUACCGAAGUGUACUCUGUUGACCAGUACAAAUAUAUAAGUGAUUUGAAGAGUCUUGAUAUUCUCGAAAAGUCAUCUAAGAAAUGCUCAGUUCAAGCCAAAUUCAAUAUUACGGAGAGUUGCGAUCUCGUAACAGUAAUUACGUUGCACGAGCGAACAUCAGAUAAUGAACACGGUCUAAUCGAAAUAGACACUACCGUCAAUAAUUGGAAUCUGACCAACAAAUUUUUGAAAGUUGAGUUUCCUGUCAAUGUUCGCAAUGAUUACGCUUCGUAUGAAACUCAAUUUGGCAUAACUAAAAGACCGACUCACUAUAACACUUCGUGGGACGUGGCCAAAUUUGAAGUAUGUCAUCACAAGUUUGCCGACUACUCUGAGUACAGCAAAGGUGUUUCGGUCAUCAACGAUUGCAAGUAUGGUUUCUCUACGCAUGGCAACCUGAUGCGCUUGUCUUUACUGCGUUCCCCUAAGGAGCCGGAUGCGCAUGCUGACAUGGGUACACACCAUAUGAGAUAUGCCAUUUUCCCGCAUUUUGGUGGGCUUUCCCAUCAAACUGUGCACAAGGCUCUGGAAUUUAAUUUCUGUCAUCGGUACAAAAUCCCUGAUGUAGUUUCCAAGGCUUUUGAUGGUAUGAUUUGUAUUAAGGGUGAUCCAAACGUUAUUCUCUCGAACAUCAAAAGAGGAGACGACGACAAGGAACUGCGUUCUGACUAUUCAUCGAAGAGAUGGGAUCAAAGGUCAAUGAUUGUGAGAAUCUAUGAGGCUCUUGGUGGUGAAGCAUCUGCCACCAUAGCAACUGACCAAGCUGUGACCAGCGUGACCAAAAUUGACAGCUUAGAGCUCACCAGUGGGGUAGCUCUCGAUAUUAGGACCAGCCCUAAGAAAAGUAGUAAGGAGGUCAAAAUAAAACUCAAACCAUUUGAGAUCGCGACAUAUCGCUUCGUCUUUUAA